UAGUUAAACCAUGGUUAAACUUCUUAAUAACAGUGUUGCCAGUGAGAAACACGCUUCUGCAGACGAAUUGAUUUACGUUCCUAAUGUGUCGGUGUCACGUUGUUUUACUUUCUUCACAUAAACGUGAUCAACCAAACAGAGUGAUGACAACAAAAGCUCUAGACAUUGGCAAGGGCGGAGAGUUCUCGCUCCGAGCCCUCUUCGAUCAGAACAAUCUUAGCGUUGAACCAGAAGAACAAUGUUUAGAUGUGCCACAUGAACCAGUCGCUCGGAAAGCACAAAGAAUUGUCUUUGAAAAGGAAGUAGAGAGCCAUGUGGAGCAACAAAGCUACUGGAAAAAUGCUGGUAUGUGGUCGGAACCACUGUUUUUUUCCACUGGAGAUACACGUUUUAAAGAGGCUGUAGAUUUUAUUCACCAAGCAGCAAAAGAGGAACCAUACCGCGACAGAAAUAAAUGGUAUGAACAGCGAGAAUUACUGAAACAAUAUUAUCGCAACAAAAUGCGCCGAAACUCACUAUGGUUGGCGGGAACUAACCAGCAAACACAGAAGAAACGACCGUUAAUAGACGCAUCAGACGAGUCAUCGUUUCAAUAUUUUGGCCAGCAGGACGAAAUCGAACGUCAAAAGAAAAAGAAACCUCACAGGACUUUUUUCAAAUGAAUUUACCGUAUUAUACAGAAGGUUCAAUAAAUUUCUGUGUUUUUCUUUGUA